AUGCGCUCCUCGCUUCUUCUUGCUGCCCUGCCUCUGGCUGCGGCCUCUCCCCUCAAUCGGGCUCCUCUUAUGACCCGGGAUGACGCAGACGUCAUUGAGGGCAAGUACAUUGUUAUUAUGAAGAAGGGCGCCGAGAUCUCCGAGGUCAGCAAUGCCAUUAGCAACAUUGCCGGCGAAGCGGAGUAUGUCUUUAACAAUCUCGGUGGGUUUGCGGCUUCUCUGACCGACGAGGAAGUCGACUCUCUUCGCAACAACCCUAGCGUUUCCUACAUUGAGCAGGACGCCAAGGCCCAGAUCUUCGCUACCCAGACAGGUGCGCCCUGGGGCUUAGCUCGUCUAUCCAACAAGAGCCCCGGAAGCACUACUUACACUUACCCUGAUAAUGCGGGCGAAGGUGUUUGCGCUUAUGUCGUUGACACUGGUAUUGAUGCCAACCACUCAGACUUUGAGGGCCGUGUGACCUGGGUUGCCAGAGUCUAUGGUGACAACGACUAUGAUGAUCAUUCCCAUGGAACCCAUUGUGCCGGCACCAUCGCUGGAAAGACCUACGGAGUUGCCAAGAAGGCUAGUCUCUUUGCCAUCAAGGCCUUCAACGCCGCCGGUGGCGGUACAACGGGAUCUAUGAUCGCCGGAAUGGAGAAGGUCAUUGAGGACGUUCCUAACAGGAACUGCCCUAACGGAGUCGUCGUCAGUAUGUCGUUCGGUGGUGGCAAAACUCAGGCCGUCAACGAUGCCGCCAAGGCUCUGACCGACGCUGGCUACUUCGCCGCUGCUGCCGCAGGCAACGGUAACAUCUUCGGCAUCCCCAUUGAUGCUGGCACUGUUUCCCCCGCAUCUGAGCCAUCCCUCUGCACCGUCGGUGCCACGGAUAGCAAUGAUGUCGUUGCCUCGUUCUCCAACUAUGGCGCCGUCGUCGAUAUUUUCGCACCGGGUGUUGGUGUCCUGAGUGACGUCCCUAAUGGUGGUACCGGCACCAAGAGCGGAACUUCUAUGGCCACGCCUCACAUUGCUGGUCUGGGAGCUUCCUUCCUUAGCCAAGGGCAAAGCGCUUCUGGACUCUGCGACUACCUGAAAGGCAUUGCACUUUCUGGUGUUAUUUCUGGCGUCCGCAGCGGUACUGCCAACCUCCUUGCCCAGAACGGCUUGUCAGCUUAA